AUCCUGGGGAUGGAGCCUCCUCCCUCUUCCUCCAGCGGCUGAGAGUCCAGCGUCCCGCAGCCCGGGGUCAAAACCCGCACCCGGCUCGCUGGGGACGGGCCCACCUGCCCACUCGCAGGUCUCCAACCCCGGGCGGGCCCCGCCACGCGACCCUGGGCCCCGACCCCAUUCCUCGCGUUAGUCGGGGGCGGGCGUGACGGACUCACAAGGACUCCAGAUAAGGAGGCCCAGAGAGUUAACUGACAUGCCCAAGGAAACAGAACUAGUAGGUCAUGGAGCCAGGAUUCAAAAGUAAAGAAGUUGGUCUACAAAAUCAAGAAGAAAACCAAGGGAAAGCAAUCAGGACUACAACCCCCAGAAGGCAUCGGGGCUCAGCUAUCUGACUUGCGCAGUAGCGUUCGUUGUAAAGUGCUAUGACAACAGGGCGGAGACGGCUUGGAGUUAGGCUUGAGUGGGAUUGAUGCCGUUUUUCCUGCUUGUCUCUGAGGGUGACAGAGAGGGGAUGCAGGGGAGCUACUUGGUGGGAUCGCACCAGCUCUCUGGAGCUAGUGGUGCCGGCUGGUGAGGCGCUGUCUUUGCCUGGGACGUGAAACAAGUUGGAUCAGGAGAACGAGAGGGAGAAGUAAGGGUUGCUUUUUCUUGCACCGUCCGUUCUUUCUCGUCGUUCCAGCCCUGGAAUCCUGGCAGACGUUCUUAAAGGGAAAUCGGUGGAAGGAGAGUUCGAAGAAAGGUGGGGCAGGACCCACCUGACUCGGCAUCAGAGUGAACGAAAAUGUCUUUAUUUAAAGCCCGUGAUUGGUGGUCUACUGUUCUGGGAGAAAAAGAAGAAUUUGAUCAAGGCUGUUUGUGUUUGGCUGAUGUUGACAAUACUGGAAAUGGACAAGAUAAAGUAAUUGUGGGUAGCUUUAUGGGAUACCUGAGGAUCUUUAAUCCUCAUCCUGUAAAAACAGGAGAUGGAGCUCAAGCUGAAGAUUUGCUUCUAGAAGUGCAUCUACGAGAUCCAAUACUGCAAGUGGAAGUAGGAAAGUUUGUUUCAGGUACUGAAAUGCUUCAUUUGGCUGUGUUGCAUUCUAGAAAACUAUGUGUCUACUCUGUCUCAGGAAGCUUGGGUAAUGUGGAACAUGGGACCCAGUAUCAGAUCAAAUUGAUGUAUGAACAUAAUCUUCAGAGAACAGCCUGCAAUAUGACUUAUGGAUCAUUUGGUGGUGUAAAAGGUCGCGAUUUAAUUUGUAUCCAGUCUAUGGAUGGAAUGCUGAUGGUGUUUGAGCAGGAAAGCUAUGCUUUUGGGAGAUUUCUACCAGGUUCUCUUUUACCUGGCCCUCUUGCUUACAGUUCCCGUACAGAUUCCUUCAUUACUGUUUCAUCCUGCCGACAAGUGGAAAGUUACAAAUACCAAGUACUUGCUUUUGCAACGGAUGCAGAUAAAAGACAAGAGACUGAACAGCAAAAACUUGGUUCUGGAAAAAGACUAGUUGUGGAUUGGACUCUAAAUAUUGGAGAGCAAGCCCUUGAUAUAUGUAUUGUCUCUUUCAAUCAGUCAGCAUCUUCUGUUUUUGUUCUUGGUGAGAGAAACUUUUUUUGCCUUAAGGAUAAUGGACAAAUUCGAUUUAUGAAGAAACUUGAUUGUAGCCCAAGUUGUUUUCUCCCAUAUUGCUCAGUUUCUGAAGGAACAAUAAAUACUUUGAUUGGAAACCAUAAUAACAUGUUGCAUGUUUAUCAGGAUGUGACAUUGAAGUGGGCCACUCAACUUCCCCACAUUCCUGUAGCAGUAAGAGUGGGCUGUUUACAUGAUUUAAAGGGAGUGAUAGUCACUCUGAGUGAUGAUGGUCACUUGCAAUGUUCAUACCUGGGGACAGACCCUUCUUUGUUCCAAGCUCCAAAAGUUGAAUCUAGAGAACUAAACUAUGAUGAACUUGAUAUAGAAUUGAAAGAACUUCAGAAAAUCAUCAAAGAUGUUAACAAAUCACAAGGUGUUUGGCCUAUGACCGAGAGAGAUGACCUGAAAGUCUCUGCCGUGGUUUCUCCUAACUUUGAUUCAGUAUCUCAAUCUACUGAUGUUGAAGUGGGAGCUGACCUUGUGCCUUCAGUCACAGUGAAGGUCACACUGCAGAAUCGAGUGACAUUACAAAAGAUCAGAUUAUCGGUCUAUGUACAACCACCUUUAGUAUUGACUUGUGAUCAGUUCACCUUUGAAUUUAUGGCACCAGAGAUGACUAGAACAGUAGGCUUUUCUGUUUAUCUGAAAGGAAGUUACUUACCACCUGAAUUGGAAGGAAAUGCUGUUGUUUCUUACUCCAGACCUACAGAUCGAAAUCCUGAGGGCAUUCCUCGAGUUAGCCAAUGUAAGUUUAGACUUCCCCUGAAAUUAAUCUGCUUACCAGGCCAACCUUCAAAAACUGCAAGCCACAAACUAACUAUUGAUACCAACAAAUCUCCAGUCAGUCUUCUCAGUCUCUUUCCAGGCUUUGCCAAUCAGUCAGAAGAUGAUCAGGUGAAUGUAAUGGGUUUUCGCUUCUUAGGAGGUUCCCGAGUUACUCUUCUUGCUUCCAAAACCUCUCAACGAUAUCGCAUCCAGAGUGAACAAUUUGAGGAUCUUUGGCUCAUAACAAAUGAGCUUAUUAUCCGCCUUCAGGAAUAUUUUGAAAAACAAGGAAUCAAAGAUUUUGCCUGUUCUUUUUCUGGAUCUAUGCCCCUUCAAGAAUAUUUUGAGUUGAUCGAUCAUCAUUUUGAGUUGCGGAUAAAUGGUGAAAAGUUAGAAGAACUCUUAUCUGAAAGAGCUGUACAAUUUCGGGCCAUUCAACGCCGGCUAUUAACAAGGUUCAAAGAUAAGACACCUGCUCCUCUCCAACACCUGGACACCUUGCUAGAUGGAACUUACAAGCAGGUAAUCGCUCUAGCAGAUGCAGUAGAGGAAAACCAAGACAAUCUGUUCCAGUCAUUCACCAGGCUGAAAAGUGCCACCCAUUUGGUGAUUCUGCUGAUUGGGCUGUGGCAGAAGCUUAGCGCCGACCAGAUUGCUAUCCUGGAAGCGGCAUUUCUGCCACUGCAGCAGGACACUCAAGAAUUGGGCUGGGAAGAAACGGUGGAUGCUGCUAUUUCCCACCUUUUGAAGACCUGCCUAUCGAAGAGUUCCAAGGAGCAGGCUUUGAACCUCAGCAGCCAGUUGAGCAUACCCAAAGACACAAGCCGAUUGAAGAAACAUAUCACCUUGCUGUGCGAUCGAUUAGCCAAAGGUGGACGUCUCUGCCUAAGUACUGACGCAGCGGUUCCGCAGACCAUGGUCAUGCCAGGUGGCUGUGCUACGAUCCCAGAAUCAGACCUAGAAGAAAGAUCAGUAGAGCAAGACUCCACUGAACUGUUUACCAACCACAAACACCUCAUCGUGGAGACGCCCAUGCCUGAAGUUUCACCCCUCCAAGGAGUUUCAGAAUAGUUGAAGUAGAGUUGUCUGGUUGAGGGGAAGAUGGCCUUCCCAAGGCUGAUCAUGUGUGGACCUCAUGCCAAGCACAGAUGAAGGUGCUUCAUACAGCUCACCUGCCAGGAGAUAACAAUAGGUAGAGAUGGGGAUGGGGACUUUUAAUUUUUCUAGGAGGACUUGUAAUACUAUGGGUAAGUCAGUUGAACUUGUCUUACCAGGAAAGGAUGUUGCUGCUUUUUGGUCAUCUGUAUGCUUUCAGCCACAGUGUAUAGUGAGAUGACAUCUUUUGGGGGCAGACUUUGUAAUGCAAAGACCCAGAUCCUAUUUGAUACCCCAAUUUUUUCACAGAAUUCUUAUAUAUUAAAUGUAUCGAGUUUAAUAAAAGCAUCUCAUUGUCAAA